UAGUAGAGGUACACGUCUGCGUUCGAUCCGGAGGUUCCGAGCCAUCCUGCCCAUCCAGCAGAGAGGGAAGCCGCCGCAAGUCCCCUCCCCUGUAUCAGUAUCAUGUUUCCCCACCACCUCCACGAGACCACGACACGGCCGCUCGCUACGCACACCGCUGGACCUCUCGGCGUCGCCAAGCGCCAAACGCCGGACCUCUCCUGGACGUCCGGACCCAUUCCCCACUGUCCCGUUCGUCCACACUGUACGUGAUCAUCUUUACAAAUUUGAACACCCAAUAAUCCUCACAAUAAGCCGUGCCUUUUUCUGUUGACUUGACCUCACAUGACGAGGGCGUCUGGGCUGGGCUGGGCGUGUAAACUUGUUUAGCAACUGCUCCCUAAUUUCCACUGCAAAACCAUCUCUGACAUUCCCUCGCUGUACUGUACGGGCGAGUAUAUAAUUGCGCCCAGUACCCCUCCCUCUCGGCACACCAAAAACCCAGCUAGCGGCACCAGGAGCAGGCACGAGCAGCCUUAAUCUGCCACCUCCUCCAGACCCGGCGAGCACCACCACCAGUCUGUGCGUCACCAGAAUAAUGGCGUCGUCGCUCAAGUUCACGGUGCGGAGGCGUCCGGCGGUGCUGGUGGCGCCGGCGUCCCCGACGCCGCGGGAGCUGAAGCGGCUCUCGGACAUCGACGACCAGGACGGCCUCCGGUUCCACAUCCCCGUCAUCCAGUUCUACCGCCGGAGCGCGCUCAUGGGCGGGCGGGACCCCGCGCCGGUCAUCCGGGACGCCGUGGCCAGGGCGCUCGUGCACUACUACCCGUUCGCCGGGCGGCUCAGGGAGCUGCAAGCGCGCAAGCUCGCCGUGGAGUGCACCGGCGAGGGCGUGCUGUUCAUCGAGGCCGACGCCGACGUCCGCCUCGACCACUUCGGCGACGCGCUGCAGCCGCCGUUCCCGUGCCUCGACGAGCUCAUCUUCGACGUCCCCGGCUCGUCCCAGGUCCUCGGCUCGCCGCUCCUCCUCUUCCAGGUGACGCGGCUGGCGUGUGGGGGCUUCAUCUUGGGUGUGCGGCUGCACCACACGAUGGCGGACGCGCAGGGGCUGGUGCAGUUCCUGGGCGCCGUGGCGGAGCUGGCGCGUGGCGCGGCGGCGCCGACGGUCCGGCCGGUCUGGUGCCGAGAGCUGCUGGAGGCGCGCGACCCGCCGCGGCCGGCGUUCGCGCACCGCGAGUACGACGAGGUGCCGGACACCAAGGGCACCCUCAUCCCGCUGGACGACAUGGUGCACCGGUCCUUCUUCUUCGGGCGCCAGGAGCUUGCCGCCAUCCGCGCCAACCUCCCGCCGGCGCUCCGCGCGCGCGCCUCCACGUUCGACCUCCUGACGGGGCUCCUGUGGAAGUGCCGCACGGCGGCGCUGGCGCCGGACGCCGACGAGGUGAUGCGGAUGAUCUGCAUCGUCAACGCCCGCGGCGGCAAGUCCGGGAUCGCCAUCCCGGAGGGCUACUACGGCAACGCGUUCGCGUUCCCGGUGGCCGUCGCGACGGCGGGGGAGCUCGCCGCGAGCCCGCUGGGCUACGCCGUGGAGCUGGUGAAGCGCGCCAAGGGCGAGGUGAACGUGGAGUACAUGCGGUCGGUGGCCGACCUGAUGGUGCUGCGCGGCCGGCCGCACUUCACGGCGGUGCGCGCGUACCUGGCGUCCGACGUGACCAAGGCCGGGUUCGGCGACCUCGACUUCGGCUGGGGAAAGCCGGUGUACGGAGGCCCCGCCAAGGGCGGCGUGGGCGCCAUCCCCGGGGUGGCCAGCUUCUUCAUCCCGUUCAAGAACGCCAAGGGAGAGGACGGCAUCGUCGUGCCUAUGUGCCUGCCCGGCCUCGCCAUGGAGACGUUCGUGCAGGAGAUGGGCAAGCUGCUGAGCCCACCCGCAGGCGCAGGCGCAGGCGCAGAGCAGAAGCAGCAGGACACGUUCCCCGUCAUCAGGUCCGCGCUCUGAGGUGAGGAGGAGUGCGAGUGAGCUGAUAGCUCAGGCAGCAGGCACGGCAUCGAUCAAACCACCUCGUUUUCGCUUCGUGCUAUGGCAAAUACACGUAAUCGGCGGAUCCAGAGCUUUCGUGAUGCGUAUGCGUAGUGGGUGAACCAAGUUGAUGUGUGCGUGGAGUUACGUUGUUAAUGUAUAUGUACUGUACCCCUACGCUCCCCGCCGGCUGAAAUGCGCGCGUUUGUGCAGGGCGCUACUGAGGCCGGCGGCUAUGGGUUGUUGUGUAUGUAGCCUGUAGAUUUGUAUACGUAUAUUUUGGUACCUUUUCAUCCAGUAAUUCAUAUACUUCUUCCUUUCUUUUAUUAA